CAACCACCCAGAUGUUACCCAGGGUCUACAGAUCCCAGAUGUCCGCAAACCACGCCUAAACCCCCCACACCCCCGCUAUGUUAUCCCGGUGCAACAGAUCCAAGAUGUCCGAAACCAACGCAGCCUACAACAACAAAGCCGCCUCCAACAUACUUGCCUCCAAGUACACAACCACCCAGAUGUUACCCAGGAUCUACAGAUCCUAGAUGUCCUAGGCCAACACCUCCACCCACUAAAGCACCGCCAAAGUGUUACCCAGGAUCUACAGAUCCUAGAUGUCCUAGGCCAACGCAGCCACCUACUACACAACCUCCAAGAUGUUACCCAGGGUCUACAGAUCCUAGAUGUCCUAGACCAACGCCGCCACCAACUACACAACCUCCAAGAUGUUACCCAGGAUCUACAGAUCCCCGAUGUCCUAGGCCAACACCUCCACCCACUACAGAAGCUCCCAGGUGUUACCCAGGGUCUACAGAUCCCAGAUGUCCUAGGCCAACGCCGCCUUCAACUACAGAACCUCCCAGGUGUUAUCCAGGAUCUACAGAUCCUAGAUGUCCUAGACCAACGCCGCCCCCAACUACACAACCGCCUAGAUGUUACCCAGGAACUACAGAUCCUAGAUGUCCUAGGCCAACACCUCCACCCACUAUAAUACCUCCCAGGUGUUACCCAGGAUCUACAGAUCCUAGAUGUCCUAGGCCAACGCCGCCUCCGACUACACAACCGCCCAGAUGUUACCCAGGAUCUACAGAUCCUAGAUGUCCCAGGCCAACGCCGCCUCCACCUACAGAACCUCCCAGAUGUUACCCAGGAUCUACAGACACUAGAUGUCCUAGGCCAACGCCGCCUCCAACUACACAACCUCCCCGGUGUUACCCAGGGUCUACAGAUCCUAGAUGUCCACAAACCACGCCUAAACCACCCACACCUCCGCUAUGUUAUCCCGGUUCAACAGACCCAAGAUGUCCGAAACUAACGCCGCCUACAACUACCAAGCCGCCCCCAACAUACCUGCCUCCAACUACACAACCGCCCAGUUGUUACCCAGGGUCGACAGACCCUAGAUGUCCUAAGCCAACGCCUCCGCCUAGUACACAACCGCCCAGAUGUUAUCCUGGUUCUACAGAUCCUAGAUGUCCUAAACAACCGCCAACAACACAACGCCCUACAUAUUCACCACAUACAACUCCAUUUUUCUGUCCUUGCCUAACAGAAACUUCCUCGACAACACCAAAACCUCUUACCCCUCCAAUCUGCUUUGCAGAUUCCACAGAUCCCAGAUGCCCUAGGCCCACUCCUCCACCAACUACUCCACGUCCAAGUUGCUACCCUGGAUCCACUGAUCCUAGAUGCCCCAGGCCUACGCCUCCAUCAACCACUCCACGUCCAAGUUGCUACCCUGGAUCCACUGAUCCUAGAUGCCCUAGGCCCACUACUCCACCAACCACUCCACGUCCAAGUUGCUACCCUGGAUCCACUGAUCCUAGAUGCCCCAGACCCACGCCUCCAUCAACCACUCCACGUCCAACUUGCUACCCUGGAUCCACUGAUCCUGAUUGCCCCACUCCUUAUCCACCAGCAACGAAACCCCCACCUCCUCAAUGUUUUCCCGGUUCAAAGGAUCCCAGGUGUCCACCUCCAAGGCCCCAAACUACUUACACCCCUUCUAGUACCACUACAUCUCCUGUUUGUUAUCCGGGAUCCACAGACCCUAGAUGCCCUAGGCCCACUCCUCCACCAACCACUCAAGGUCCAAGGUGCUACCCUGGCUCCACAGAUCCUAGAUGCCCAAGGCCCACUCCUCCAGCAACCACUCCGCGUCCAAGUUGCUACCCUGGAUCCAUAGAUCCUAGAUGCCCCAGACCCACUCCUCCACCAACUACUCCACGUCCAAGUUGCUACCCUGGAUCCACUGAUCCUAGAUGCCCCAGACCCACUCCUCCAUCAACCACUCCACGUCCAACUUGCUACCCUGGAUCCACUGAUCCUGAUUGCCCCACUCCUUAUCCACCAGCAACGAAACCCCCACCUCCUCAAUGUUUUCCCGGUUCAAAGGAUCCCAGGUGUCCACCUCCAAGGCCCCAAACUACUUACACCCCUUCUAGUACCACUACAUCUCCUGUUUGUUAUCCGGGAUCCACAGACCCUAGAUGCCCUAGGCCCACUCCUCCACCAACCACUCAAGGUCCAAGUUGCUACCCUGGAUCCACAGAUCCUAGAUGCCCCAGGCCCACUCCUCCAGCAACCACUCCGCGUCCAAGUUGCUACCCUGGAUCCACUGAUCCUAGAUGCCCCAGACCCACGCCUCCAUCAACCACUCCACGUCCAACUUGCUACCCUGGAUCCACUGAUCCUGAUUGCCCCACUCCUUAUCCACCAGCAACGAAACCCCCACCUCCUCAAUGUUUUCCCGGUUCAAAGGAUACCAGGUGCCCACCUCCAAGGCCCCAAACUACUUACACCCCUCCUAGUACCACUACAUCUCCUGUUUGUUAUCCUGGAUCCACAGACCCUGGAUGCCCUAGGCCCACUCCUCCACCAACCACUCAAGGUCCAAGUUGCUACCCUGGCUCCACAGAUCCUAGAUGCCCAAGGCCCACUCCUCCAGCAACCACUCCGCGUCCAAGUUGCUACCCUGGAUCCACAGAUCCUAGAUGCCCCAGUCCCACUCCUCCAGCAACCACUCCACGCCCAAGUUGCUACCCUGGAUCCACAGAUCCUAGAUGCCCCAGUCCCACUCCUCCACCAGCCACUCCACGCCCAAGUUGCUACCCUGGAUCCUCUGAUCCUGACUGUCCCACUCCUUAUCCACCAGCAACGAAACCCCCACCUCCUCAAUGUUUUCCCGGUUCAAGGGAUCCCAGGUGUCCACCUCCAAGGCCCCAAACUACUUACACCCCUCCUAGUACCACUACAUCUCCUGUUUGUUAUCCGGGAUCCACAGAUCCUAGAUGCCCCAGGCCCACUAUUCCACCAACCACUCCAGGUCCAAGUUGCUACCCUGGAUCCACAGAUCCUAGAUGCCCUAGGCCCACUCCUCCACGUCCAAGUUGCUACCCUGGAUCCACUGAUCCUGACUGUCCCACUCCUUAUCCACCAGCAACGAAACCCCCACCUCCUCAAUGUUUUCCCGGUUCAAAGGAUCCAAGGUGUCCACCUCCAAGGCCCCAAACUACUUACACCCCUCCUAGUACCACUACAUCUUCUGUUUGUUAUCCGGGAUCCACAGAUCCUAGGUGCCCUAGGCCCACUCCUCCACCAACCACUCCACGCCCAAGUUGCUACCCUGGAUCAACUGAUCCCAGAUGUCCUACAUCCAGUCAGCCAACUACCUACUUCCCACCACAUUCUACAACACAUCCUCCGACAUGUGAAUGCCUAACAAAACCGCCCGAAUGUUUUCUUGGUAGUCAAGAUCCCCGAUGUCCUCAAACAACAACCCCGAAUCCUGUAGCACCUCCUAUCUGCUAUCCUGGUUCUACAGAUCCUAGAUGUGAACCAUCAUGUUUCCCUGGUUCUACCGACCCUCGCUGUCCCCAAGAAGUUCCUCCUCCAGGCUGUUACCCAGGUUCACCUGAUCCAAGAUGUGGCAGUCCAUCACAGCAACGUUCAACAUAUUUACCACCAGGAACUUCGAAAUCACAGUGUCCUGCUGGUUCCAAAGACCCAACAUGUCAACCCGUUCCUACACCUCAGUAUCAAUGUCAUCCAGGAUCCCCAGAUCCUAGGUGCAAUGAAAUUGUAACUCCUCUGCCUUCAACUACAGUGAAACCUCGUGGCUGUUACCCUGGAUCCUCUGACAGAAACUGCACUAGUGAUGGGUCAGCUUAUUAUGAGACAGAACUGAAAGCACCACAGUGUCUCCCUGGCUCUAGCGAUCCAAAGUGCGUACCUACUCAACAAAUACCUAGUGAUGGUAGUGAAUUAUUUCCAGUACCCAUACAGCCAUCCACAGCUGAGCCCAUCAGGACAACUCAAAAUGAAGUCGGGGAUUACCAUGGGAAAGAUCAAGAUCCACGUUACCAUGCAUUUCAUUCAUGGUUAUACGAGCCAAGGAAACCAUCCCAUAGGCGUCACUUCGGUAAACGAGACAUUGAACAAGCAGAUGUGCAACUGACAGAAGAUAUCAGUGACCACAAGAGAAUUGAUAAACGUGAAGUUCAAGAGAAACAGAUUGUUUCCAUAACCCUGGGUGUUCGCGGACUGAUGGUGGGAUCGGAAGCAGAUCUCAAAUCACAUGGACUGACAAAAAGAGAUACUGCUACAUCAACUAUGAGGAAGUCUGAAAUCAGAUCUAGUGAAUUACCUCUUUCUCCUGUAUAUUCCUUCACAAUUCUAAGUGCAAUAAUCGGCUCAGCCAUCGCUAUGUCACUUGUAGCCACUAUAGUGUACUUUCUUGCUCAAAGACGUACAAAAACAAGGCAGGUAAUUACUGUUGCCCCUGAACUAUUAAAUAAACUGCAAGAGAAAAUGAAAAGAAGUGGAUGGAAUUGAAAAUGACAAGAAUCGUUGACAGUGUGUUUCAAGAAAAUGCAUGGAGAUAUGCCGAACUGUAGAAUACCCAAACAGGCUUACGCGAAGUUUCGAAAGAUAAAUAUGGGAAGUUCAUUUAAGAAAAUUGAAAUAUGGGGGGGGGAAUAAUGUAUUUUAUGUAAUAUGAUUCUAUCCAUGUUCAUACAAUUUCUAAAAGAAAAUUACAGGACAGAUGUUGAUGGUUUUACUGUCUUUCAUAUUAUGAAAUACUUUCUGUAUUUAAUAAAAAUGCAGACUUCUUUCAAGCCUCUCCUCCCCAGAUAACAGAGGCCAUUGUUGCACACAAGUGUAUAACACAUCAUGCACAAAUCGCUAAGGUCUGGUCUUUGACUUGAUAUUAGUCACAUAAAAUAAGACGCCUAUCUACAAGAUACAGUAGAACACCAAAACUUUCUCAGACCGGGGGCCGCAGACCUCGCCAUCUAUCUCUGUGGUUGCAAAGCUCUUGUCCUUCAUUUUGUUCCUGUGUUCUUCCUUCUCUGUGUGACACCUUCCCUAACGUGCUGUUUUCUUCCUGAAAACUUUCCAUUUAAUCUCAAGUUAAAAACCUUCCAUGGGAUUGCAUCUUAACAGUCGUUCUUACGAAGUGUCAACACCAGUUUAUUCCUGUAUUUAUUAAUUUAUCUUCAGAAUUAUUUACCUGAUAUCAACUCUUAAAUUUUUCAUCUCUUAUUCUCUCUCUUCUGGUUUAUACUUCUAAACUUCUUAAAAUGGCACAAUUUGUAAUACUUUACUUUCAUUUUGUUUUGCUCUACUGGUGAACAUAAUUUAACACAGACCAGAGAUGUAUUUGUGGUUGCCCACACUUGAGAAAUUCUGCGCUAGGAAUAACUCUGAUGAUAGGAACAGGGGAGGAGAGGUUGGCAGAAGGACCCUAAGCAGGGUACAUGAAUGUAAACUGCCAAUACCAUUGAUGAAACUCCACACAUUGCCCACACAUUUGUGUAUAUAAAAUAGUAUAUAUUGCCAUAAGAGGAUUUGGUAGCACUCCGUACCAGACUCUAAACUUACGAGAAUAUUCAAGGGUCAUGGGCAUAGGACUGAAUCAUUCUAAUGAAGAAACAAUGAUUUACAGAAAUAUAACCUCACUUUUACAAACCUAACAACAAUCCUUGCUUAAUGCUUCAAAUAUGCCUUACAUUUAGAAUACGUGAGAAAAGAAAUGUUUAUAUAAGAUUUCAGACUUCCAUUACGGUGGAGGUUCAUAAUGUGGUCUCAUGGAUAAUGAAUGAUGAACUCUGAGGCUGCACAUUCCUCCAAAACAAUGGUAGCCAUCUUAACCAGAUGGCCAUAUCUUGAACAUGAGGAGUUAAAAAUAAUCUCUAACUUGAAAUUAUAUGAUUGUAUUUAUAAAUAAAAAUUAUUCUGCAACUAUCUUUGUUCAGUGCAUAAAGAAAUUCUGAAGAAUAAAGCAUUAAUCUAGCUUUGCUAAAAUUAUCAUGGAUUUUAAAUCAUAAAAACAUGUCAGGAUCAGCCUCUGAAACACUGCAUGAGAUGAGGUCUCAAUUGUUAUGAAUCAGAGUUUCAGACACCAAAACAACCACAUGAUCAAUUUCAUACCAAGUGUCAAGGGUAUGAUCCAGUAUUCUGUGCCCAUGCUGACUGAAAUGAUGGUUAGUGAUGUUAACUGUACAAUAUGUAUUUCUAAAAAAACAUGUACAUAUUACAGUAUAUUUCACAUUACAUAACCGUCUGUGUAAAAUAUCAUACCUGAUGUUUUGUACUGUUAUGAGCAGAAUUGAUGUAAGCUACAGACAUGCUUUAACAUGAAAAUGACAAAUAUUUCUAAAUAAAAUAAAAUACGAUAACAUUGUUCUACUGUUGCUAUUCACUGUACUUCAUAAGGCAAGAAAAAUGUUGGUGUACUGGUUAUGUAGGGCUGAAUGGUGGGAUUACGAAUGAGAAGUUGGGAAGGAUUUUUAGAAGAAAGUAAAUCUGAUCUGUCUGAAGGUACUAACAAUUUGGUUGGAUGGAACGAGGAACGCCAUGAAAAUCAGAACAGUCUCUGGACUGAGAAUCGAACCUGGAACCUCUCGAAUAUGAAGCACCAUAUAAAUCAUAUAGAAUGCAAUUUAUAUACCUUGUAUCACACACUAACAAUAUCUGAUAUCAUGGGACUUAAAUUUCCCAAGGCAGUCAUUAUUCAGAGUAGCCUUCUGGGAUGCGGUGCUGUGUAGUUUGACAGAUAGGCACCAACAUUUCAGGGAAUCCUGCUGUAUCCGUUGUCAGGAUAGAAGAUGGGGCAGCAGGUUCCUCUGAAAUGUUGGUACGAAUUUAAUAACGUACUUCGUAACUUGACAACAACUGUUGCAGUACUCAUCAUCAGAAUCAAACAUAUGUUUGUGUGCAAGCUGCAACAUCAAACAUUCAGAUCCUACAGAUGGACUACUGAGCUUUAGCUUUUGUUGUAAGCUGAUGUCUAUGUUGGCUCCUUAAUAACAACAGCUGUUCAGAAGCUUCAAGAACAAUCAGAAAUGAACAUUCCCAAGGAGAUUCAGGGAUCCAGUCACUGAAUACACUCCAAGAAUUAUAAUUUUCAUUUCAUGCAUCCGGUUGUGUUACAAUAUACAACCUUUAUUAUA